GCCCGAGGCCCCGAGCCCCCACACCAACAGCAAGGAGCAGGACAGCAGCGACUCCGCCGAGGGCUCCGCGGAGGGUGGCUCGCAGGUGGGGUCGUCCUCGCGGUUCUCCGGGCACUCCAGCGUCACCGAGGUGCCGCGCAGCGACCAUACGAGCACCCACUCCGGCACCACCACCUUCACGGGCGAGUCGGGGAAGGGCGCGGCAGGCGACGGCAAGGACACCAGCGGCGGCGACAACAGCGGCAACAGCGCCGAGGCCACCACUGGCGCCUCGAGCAGGGACGUCCCGGCGAAGUCGAAGCACAAGAAGCGGGAGGCGGAGCAGCCCGGGCAGCUGUCGGUGGCCGACGGGGUGAGCACCCUGUUCAUCUCGAACAUCCCCACCUACUUCACGCAGGCUGUUGCCCGCCGACCUCACCCCGUCGAUGCGUGGCGCGUUCGACUUCUUCUACUGCCCCUGGGAGCAGGAGGCCAUGAGGAACCUCGGCUACGCGACGAUCAACUUCACCUCCGCGGCCGACGCCGUCUCCUUCCAGCAGGACUGGUGCAACAAGGAGCUCUGCCGCUCGGGGAGCUCGGAGAAGAAGCUGCGGAUCAUGAAGGCGUCCCUGCAGGGCCUCAAGGC